UCAACCACAACAUGUAGAUUCUCGUGGCAACGUAGGGGCUUGUCGUGUACAUGACAUGGUCCUUGAUUUGAUCACAUCCUUAUCGAUUGAAGAAAAUUUUGUCACUACAUUAGAUAGCCAUCAACCUAGUGAUCUUUCAAAGAAGAUACAUCGAUUAUCCAUCCAAAACAAUCAAGAACAUCACACCAUGUCACUUUCUAUGCUGAGCUUGUCCCACGUGAGAUCAUUUAUCAUCUUUCCUAGUGCUACAAAAUUGAUGCCGCCUCUUUCAAGAUUUCAAGUUCUGCGAGUGUUGGAUCUAGAAGGUUGCCGUGACUUGGUGAAUCAUCAUAUUGAUGGUGUUGGGAAUUUAUUUCAUUUGAGGUAUCUAGGACUAAGGGAUACAAAUAUUACCAAAAUCCCGAAAGGAGUAGGGAAUCUGUACUGUUUGCAAACAUUGGAUUUGAGUCAAAGUGGCAUAAUUGAUCUGCCAUCAACCAUUGUUCAGUUAAGGAAACUUGUAUGCCUAUACAUUGAAACAUCGGCAAAGCUACCAGAUGGGAUUGGAGCCAUGAAAUCUCUACAGGUUCUAUCUACCGUCGGUGUGAGUAACUCGCCAAACUUCUCAAAGGAACUAGGUUAUCUUUCGGAUAUGAGGGUUCUUAAAAUUUCGCUAUCUGGAACAUGGGACAAGAACUAUGAGAAACAUUUGUUAUGUUCUUUGUGCAAGUUGACAAAAAUCAAGGAAAUAAACAUUCAAUCUUCCGGAGUUCCCACAAAAUUCAUUGUGGAUUUAGGAUGGACCCCUCACAACCUUCAAUAUUUUUUCGGCAACAUACCUAGAUUGCCGGAAUGGAUGAACUCCUCACUCUCAAAACUGUCCACUUUAAUCAUCACACUAGACAAAAUCCAGCAGGAAGACCUUGGUACUCUCGGCAACAUCCCAUUUCUGAAUUAUCUCUGUGUUACAGUGCACAAAAUCAAAAAGGCAGAAGAAAGGUUGAUUAUCGGUACUGAUCAUGCAAACUUUAAGUGCCUAUCUGAGUUUCACAUUCACAAUGAUUCAUUGGGGAUCAUGUUUGUAGAAGGAGCUAUGCCAAGGCUCCAAACCCUCGAGGUUACAUUUCAGGUUCGCGAGGCGAAGGAUGAAUACAAUAAUUUUGAGGUCGGCUUGGAGAACCUCCAUUCUAUUAAGCUGGUCACAAUUCGAAUGCAUUGUUCUGGUUCCAGUCUCGUUGAGGUGGAGGAAGCUGAUGCUGCUAUGAGGAAGACAUCCCAUGUGAAUCCAAAACAUCCGAGGGUUGACGUGAUUAGAUAUUAUGAAGAUGAAAUGAUAGAGGACGAGGAGAAAUCUCAACUCGAUGAGGAAGCAUUCAAAGAACAAGAGAUCAUUCUUGAGAAGAUUGGACCCUGGGGAGGAAAUACCGGGAGAAAACGAGACAUAAAGGUGGCACCACGUUAUCUAAGAAGUAUGAGAAUUUGCUGUGGUGAUGUUAUAGAUGCGUUUGCAUUUUCUUACCUGGACAGAAAUGAGAAUCUGCAUGAGACACCUCUUUGGGGUGGUGUUGGUGGGACCAUCCACACGAUUCUACUAGAACCCUCGGAGUUUUUGAUUGAAAUUUCAGGGACUUUUGGUCCAUAUGGUCAAUUUCCCAGCAUCAUAAAGUCACUUAUGCUUGUGACCAACUUACGUACCUAUGGACCUUUUGGGCAGCUACAUGGAACUCCUUUCCACUCUCGAGUGAAGAAAAACGGCAGUAUUGUUGGCUUCUUUGGGUGCUCAUGGGAAUUUCUAGAUGCAAUAGGUGUUUACAUUCAUCCUUAGUUUCUAAAGCUUAGCUACGACUUCUCAGUGUUCUUUUUCUCGCGGGGAAGAACUCUCAGUGUUUAUUAAAAUUGUCAGUACUCAAACUCCAUGAUGUGUUCCUAUAACAAAUAAGACCCGUUCCUGAUUUUUGUAAUGAUGAAGUGAAUGUUGCCAACA